AUGAUUUUGAAACAGAUUAAGAACUAUUUUUACAAAAUUGUUAAAAAUGAUGAUGACCCUAUUGAGGCUGCUAAGAACAUGGUCAAUUCGAUUCAAAUAUUCGUUGGAAUACACAAUAUGUUUGGAGACGCAAACCGCAAAAUGACGCCACUAUCUUUAUUAGGUGCACUUGUGUUUGCUGGAUCAUUUGUUUAUGUUGGUACCAUUAGCCAAACCGUGUACCUAAUAAAUGUGUUUCCUGAUAAAAUCGAGUGUUUCAAAGCGAUGAACUGCCUGAGUUCCACUUGUAUUCCACUCUCAAAAUACAUAUUUAUGUGGUUGUCAAGUGAACGUCUAAAGAAAAUACUAGAUAUGAGUCGUCAAGGUUUAAAGAUAAUACCAGAUGAAUCAGCUGCUAAGAAGAAAAUGUUAACCACACUUCGAAAAGGGCGCUAUGUGUCCUUCUUGGUAAUUAUCAAUCAAGCAACAUCGCAUAUCUUCUACCUGGUCCUGCCUCUUUUGUUUACUAUCUUUGGUAACAGUCGAUAUUUGCCGUCGACGCCUGGAGAAAUAUUUGGUCUCAGUGGUAAAUACGAAAGCCCAUUCUACCAAAUAUCUUUCAUUCUAACUUCCAUCGCAACAGGUUUCUCUGCUAUUAAUCAAACAGGCUACAUUGUACUAUUUGUUAGCUUGCUCUCUCAUGAGCUUGGACACUUCUAUGCCAUUACUGAAACAUUAAAUUAUAUAUACAAGAUUCUGAAUGGCGAAGAAACAUUUGAGAGAGACGAUGUUAAACAGAAAAUUAUAGAAGACAAAUUAAAGUUGUGUAUUAAACAUCAUCAGUUUAUUAUGAUAUACCACGAGAGGAUAAAGAAUUUAUACAAAUCGGUUUUUGGCGCCCAUUUCUUGAUGAUGACUUUGGUUUUGGUAACGACGCUGCAGACAAUGAAUGCAUGGGACAUAAGCAAUACAUUACUGACAGGUGUGACAGGUAUAAUGCCAUUAUUCAUCUACUGCUUUGGAGGAGAACUCCUUUUGAUUGCGGAGUCAAGAAUGUCCACAGCCGUGUAUUCAAGUGGGUGGGAACUAAUGAAUCCUAGACAGGCCAAAAUGGUUCUCAUCAUGCUGAUACUCUCUCAAGAACCUCUCUAUCUCACUGCAUCUGAUAUUUUCAUUAUGAACAGAGAAACGUUUGGUGACGUAGCACAAAUAAUAUAUAAAAUUUAUGCUGUUUUCAAUUGA